AUGGAUACGACUGACGCUCCACAGCUCAUCGAGCACGUCAAUCAAAGCGUCAGCUUUACACCGAAUGACACAAAGUGGAUUCCAGGAUCAGCACGAUUCGUGGCUAUGGGUAUCUACCCAAAAGCUACAGGUGCGCUCACGGUCUUUGGCCUUGAUCAAGGCGAACUGAAGACACAUGCGGUGCACGAAAAGACACACGGUAUCAAAUGUGGUACAUUUGGAGCGUCAAUGCUGGAAGAUCGUCAUCUGGCUACUGGUGAUUACGGUGGCGUUAUGAGCGUCUGGGAUUUGGAAAAAGCCGACGUGCCUGUAUAUUCAGCUCAAGCUCAUAAGUCAAUUGUAAACGCCAUUGAUGGCUGCGGCGGUCAAAACAUCGGCAGUGGAUCACCUGAACUUGUCACAGGCGGACGCGACGGCUGCAUUCGAGUUUGGGACGUCCGCGUGUCUGAUCCAGUAGUGACACUCGUCCCUAAAGAACAGGACACGGCACGAGAUUGCUGGACAGUUUGCUUUGGAAAUGCAUAUAACGACGCAGAGCGCUGUGUUACUGGAGGAUAUGAUAACGGAGACAUUAAGAUGUUUGACCUGCGCACGAAUACGCUUAAGUGGGAGACCAACUGUCAGAACGGUGUUGUAAAUGUGCAAUUUGACCGUAAAGACAUUGAAAUGAACAAGUUAUUGGUCACCACGCUUGAGUCUAAAUUCCGGAUCUACGAUCUGCGAACAUUUCAUCCCGAAAAAGGAUUUGCGUGUAUGACCGAGAAGGCCCACAAGUCGACGAUUUGGCAAGGCCGUUUCUUGCCACAGAAUCGUGAUAUCUUUAUGACUGGAGGCGGGAACGGAGGCUUCAACUUAUACAAAUACCAUUAUCCGCUAUCGAGGACAGCAAAAGACUCUGAUGGUAGGCUGUAUGGUGUAUGUGGCACGGUUGAGCUGCUCAAUUCCCGUGUGCUAUCGACCCAGCCGAUAGUUAGCAUGGAUUGGAGUCCGGAUCGUGAGGGUCUCUGCACUUUGGCGUGUUUGGACCAAACUGUUCGCGUUUAUAUUGUCACAAAAACGAACAAGUAUUAG